AAUCAUGAAUGGAGGAUCUAAAGUCCACAUUUUUUGGGGUGCUCCUGUUAGUCCUAUGAAAAUGACGGUAUCACAGGACACAACUUCUUUAAUGGCCACUGCUGGCCCCUGGAAGGAAAUUCAGCUUUUGUACAAUCAGCAUUCUUUAUGUUUGAAGGAUGAAAAACAUGAGCACAAAAAUCUUGAAAACUAUCAAGUCCCGGAAUCUGUUGGCCCUCCAGAUCUUCUUCGUGGCCACUUUUUAGCAAACUCUAUGAAUAGAUCUGUUCAUGUGAAAGAUGACUUUAUACGUGCUGUUUCUGAAACACAGAAUAUAAAAUCCCAGAAGACUCACCCCUCAGGACUGAGUGAUGUAACUAACUCUAAUGUACAAAUAUGUGGAUUUAAAGGCAGAGUUCAACAUUUAACCGAAGAAGGAAAACAUCAAAAGCUUCUCAGUGAAAAUAAGAGGGUCGCGGAUAGACAGCCUAAAGAGCAGCCCAGUGUACAUGGUCAGAACUUUCAAACAGAUUCCUUUCAGUUAGAUCACAGGUGUGCAGCUCUACUGGAUUUGGUCUGCAGUACUGAACAAAUUAACAUAGGGCCUGGAGCAGCACAAACAAAGUGUGUGUCAACAGAACAUCAUGAAAUACAAGACCAAUGUCCCGAAUUCUUUUCCUCUAACCCUGUAGAUAAGCCAAGGUCUGAAGGAGCAGUUAGGAAUGUCUCAAACCUUAAAAUAUCUACUGAUACUGAAUUUCUCAGUAUAAUGACCUCCAGCCAGGUGGCUUUUUUAGCUCAAAGGAAGGAUAAAGGGCAGAAUUCUAUAAAUAAAGGGAAUGUCAACACAGGGAUUGAACCAAAGGCAAAUCAUGGGGAAAUUAGAACAAUUGAAAAUAAUGUAAUUCAGCCUAAUGAUGAUUUUGCAGAAGGAUAUGAAAAUGGAGAAAACCAAGCAUAUUCACUUGAACUUUUUAGUCCUGUUUGUCCUGAAACAAAAAGUAGCCACAUUCACAUAAACUCUAAUAAAGGUCUUGAAGAAAAUACAGGAUCUCAAGAACUUUUCAGUUCUGAACAUAGACUGCCACCAAAUGAGAUAUGUAUUGAGUUGUGUAGCUCAGGAAUACUGUGUUCCCAACGAAAUACCUUCCACAAAAGGGCUGCUAAAAGAAGCUGGGCCUGUGAAGAUAAAUUGGGCCACUCUAAAGCUCUCUCUGAAGUCCUCCAAGUAGCUAAGAAAAUGAAGUUGAUGUCUAAUGCAAGAGAUUCUGCUGUAGCAAUGGACCAGAGGAAUGUGUCUGGAUUUAAGGGUAUUAAAAAAACAUCAUUAAUAAAAAAUUGUGAUUCUAAAAGUCAGAAGUAUAAUUGUUUAGUCAUGGUGCUAUCUCCAUGUCAUGUGAAAGACAUAAACAUAAAAUCCGGACCAAAUUCUGGCUCUAACGUACCUUUAGCAACAGUUACAGUAAUUGAUCAAUCAGAAGUUAAGAAGAAGGUUUUUCUGUGGAGGGCCACAGCAUUUUGGGCACUUACAGUGUUUCUCGGAGAUAUAAUUUUACUCACAGAUGUUGUUAUUCAUGAGGAUCAAUGGGUUGGUGAGACAGUACUACAAUCAACAUUUACCAGUCAGUUAUUAAACCUUGGGAGUUACUCAUCUGUUCAGCCAGAAGAAUAUUCUAGUAUCGUUAGUGAUGUUGUACUUCAAGACUUACUGGCAUAUGUGUCUUCAAAACACUGCUAUCUCAAAGAUCUUCCUCGGAGGCAGCCUCAGAGAAUGAACAGUAUAGAGUUUGUAGAAUUGGAGGAGCUUCAACCUGACAUAUUAGUCCAUGCACUACUAAAAGUUAUUGAUAUCACUGUACUGACAGAGGCAUUAUACAGCUAUAGAGGACAGAAGCAAAGGAAAGUUAUGUUAACAGUGGAACAGGCCCAAGGUCAACAUUAUGUGCUUGUACUAUGGGGUCCUGGAGCUGCCUGGUACCCUCAGCUUCAAAGGAAAAAAGAUUAUAUUUGGGAAUUUAAAUAUCUUUUUGUUCAGCGCAAUUGUAUACUGGAAAACCUAGAAUUGCACACAACACCUUGGUCAUCCUGUGAGUGCUUGUUUGAUGACGAUAUAAGGGCAAUUACAUUUAAAGCAAAAUUUCAAAAAAGUGCACCCUCCUUUGUCAAGAUGUCAAACUUAGCAACCCACUUCGAGGAUAAGUGUUCAGCAGUGGUUCUAAUUAAAGCCCGGAUUUUAGAGCUGGCAUUUCCUAUUCCAGCAGCUCAGAAGAUAGCUCUAAAUGCUCACAGUUCUCUGAAGAGUAUUUUCUCUUCCCUUCCCCACAUUAUAUACACUGGCUGUGCAAAAUGUGCAUUGGAACUAGAAACAGAUGAGAACAGGAUCUACAAACAAUGCUUCAGCUGCUUGCCGUUUACUAUGAAGAGAAUAUUCUAUAGGAGAAACAAUGAUCUUCCAUGUGUGUGUUUCUGUCAAGCAAGAAGGGAUAUUGAGAGCUCCGUGUGUGUUUCAUCUUCCUCAGUGCCUUCCUCAGAUGUCACGUAUGGGAUGGUUGCAGCAGACCUGGUCCACUCCUUGUUGGUAGUCAGCGCGGAACCUUGGCUGUUGAAGAUUCAGAGCCUGUUCAUGUUAGAUGAAAACAGCUACCCCUUACAACAAGACUUCUCUCUACUGGACUUUUACCCUGACAUAGUAAAGCACGGAGCCUAUGCCCUUCUCUGAGGCCAGAUGAAGAAAUCGUGGGCAUCUCAAGGAAGAAGUAUUGAAAUGAUUUGUCUUUUGAAAUAAAUGAAUGACAGAGCUUUUG